GGAGAAGGCGGAGGACCGGAUGAUUUGCCUGGAGGAGGACAUGGUGGUUUCUGUUGUGCUGUCAGGUGCGGAGACGCUGGUGCGGAUGGAGCCCGGAGGAUGCGUUCUUAUACCCUCCUUCCUGCUGGAGGCGGAACAGCCCGAGGGCAGCGUCCACCUCCGAAGCCUCCACCUCUCCUCCUGAACAAGUCGGCACCUGCUCUGUUACGUGCGACAGAAGCCAUUUCUUGGAUCUGCGAGGGAGUGACGUGACAUCCAGGAACCGGCUGGGUGGCAUUCCUUGUUUACAGUGACAGCAGACAUCAUUGGUCCCAGACGUUCACAUCAGAGCAGCCUGCAACGCCCUGAGACUGGCUGAGUCCAAAACACCGCUGUCAUCGCUGCCUUCUUGCCAAGAAGAGGCCACCUUAGCCGACAGGCGUGGAAGUGAUGACAGCUGCUGAUGAAGCUGGGAGUCGGUGUGGAGGUAUGUGGCUGAGCUGUGGGCGGCGGUGGAUCGGCUCGGUGUGACUUACUACGUUUGCUGUGCCUUGCUUCUGUUAGGCCACGUUGCCUCAGGUCCCCAUGGAUUUGCUGCAGGACUCCAGUCAAACAAUGUGGAGUCUGAACGCCCGCCUGAAGGGCUUCUUGGAGCAGGUGAACCGGCUUCAGGAGGCCAACCGGCAGCUGGAGGCUCAGAUCGCCGAAUGGGGCAUCAGGAGCAGCUCGCAUGCGCAGGACUGGACUCAGCAGGAGCAGACUGUCAGGGAACUCCGGGACCAGGUUGGUAAACUCCUGAUGGAGAACGCCCAGCUGGCUCUACAGUCUGACAGCAUGAAGUCCAGAGCUGCUGCCAUCCAGGCCAGGUGCGAGACUGAGGAGAAGACCACCCGGCGUCUGGAGCAACAAGUGGCUCUGCUCAGAGAGUCAAAGAGGAAGGCAGAUCGCAGCACUGCAAUGCUGCAGGCCGACUUUCAUCGCUCUAUGACUGAGCUGCAGCAGAUGAACCAGGAGUUUGAGGCAGCCCGGGCUCUGCAUCUGCAGCGGGCCGAUUCCUGCGAUGCUCUGUUAGCGACGGCAGCAGCAGCAGCAGGAGGAAGAGGGGAGGAGGAGGAUGGCACAGGGAUGGAGCUCACCCAGCUCCUCGACCGAAUCAGAGCGCAGUGCAACCAGAGCAGACUCCCGGGCCCCGGAGAGAGGCACCUCGGCCUGGGCGCCGUCUCAAAUCCACCCCCUGGCUUGGUCGGGCCUGGCCGAGCUGGAGCCGGAGCAGCAUCCAGAACACACAGAGGAGCUCUCAGCGAGGAGGAGGCAGCAUGGGCGCAGGUGAGCCUCGGCGGUGCUGCCCUCAGGGAGGCUCGGGCUGAACUCGCUGAGGCCAGGAAGCAGUGGCACUCCCUGCAGGUGGAGAUCGAGACCCUACAUGCCUUGGAGAAAGGCCUGGAGAACUCCCUGCAGAACACCCAGCGGCUGUACUCCAGCCAGCUGCAGGACCUUUCCCAGGUGAUUGCUGGACUGGAGGGUGAGCUGGAGCAGGUGAGGAGCGGUUUGGCCACCCAGCGUCAGCGCCACAGCCAGCUGCUCAACACCAAGAUGAGGCUGGAGCGCGAGAUCGCCACCUACCGACGGCUGCUGGAGCGCGAAGAGGGCAGGUACAUGGGUCGCAAUGGGCAACCGCUGAGUCUGAGGCCCUGGAGGUCCUCGGUGAUGGAACCGAAAGAGAACGGGCUGGAGAACGACAUCAGUGACCUGGCCGUGACUCCGGAUGAGCCCAAGUCGGAGCCGCUGCCUGAAAUCCCUCCACUGUUACCUGCAGAAAACGGCCUCCAGAAAAGCAUCCUGUACCGACAACAAAGCCUCGUGAUACUCACAGAGCCGGAGCUGGAUAAAGAGCUGCCGAUCUCCACUGUGAAGACUCAGGAGAUUCUUCAGGGCAACGUGGUGCGAGAGAGCGCCGAGGGUCACGGCACCAUCGAGACGGAGAAGAUCGACAAGGUGAUAAAGCAGUGGGAGGGCUCCUUCUUCAGAGGGAAUCCUAAGCUGAGGAAGAAGUCGGUGUCGCUGCGCUUCGACCUGCACAUGGCGGCGGCGGACGAAGGAUGCGCCCAGACGAAGCAGGACAGCCUCCCCGACGUGGAGGUGCGUCUCAUCAUGAAGCGAUCUCGCAGCAUCCCCACCAUCACACCGUAAACUCAGAGUCAACCCCAGUUUGUUGGUGGUAACAAAAAGAUGUGGAAACAACAUCUGCUGAUAUUAACAUCCUCUAAUCGCAACUUUCACUGAACUUUGCAUCACAGCUUCUCGUCACACUCGGGCAGGAUGAGCUUCAGGCUUUUGUGGUGGCCGUUUUUAUAGAGAGACUUGCGUUCAUCGCAACACAGAGGAUAAUAAUUUAAUAUGUAUUUCUGCGUCAUCAUUCUAGAUGAAGUAAAAGUGUCUCUUACCACCAUCAAGAGAUUAUUAUUAUUGCCAUCAAUAAUGACUCUGCUUAACUACAGCAUUUAAUCCUGGUUGACACUUGGUGCAGGAGGCAAACAUGGAGGUUAAAAGGCAGAUACAUAGCACUAAAAGCUGCUGUGAAAACUUGAAGGGUGGAUUUUUAUUUUUCAUUUUUUUGACAGAUUUUCUUUAAGGGACUGUAUGAAAAUUAUUAGGAUUCAACAGAAAGCAGAGCUAAAAUGUAUUUUAAAAAAUUGCUAAAAUAACAGACUUAUUAAUUUAACAUCUGAUUUUAACAUUUAAGAUGGCAGUCUUGAGGAUUUUUAUUUAAAUCGAUGUCUGUUAAGUCUCUCUCUAUGGUGAUUGAAGCUCUGAGCCACUAAUGAAGAUAUUUUAAAGGCUUUACAAACAGGGUGUCGUUGACCAUAUUCUCAUGCCAGAUCACAGCUUUCUGUCAGAGAGUGUCGACAGACUUAUUGAGUAUGUCUGCUAAAGUGUUUUUCAGGUGUUUGCAAUGAGAAUGCUGUUACACUAAGCUAAAAACACCGGCAGGGUGACAAGGCACUGGACAUUUUUUUCCCAUGCUGCAUGUUUGAUAACAGGUAAAAACUGUCAACUAGGUUGUCAGGGUUGGUUGAUGUAGUAUUGGUCCCGUCCCUCCUCCAUUGUGAUUGGACUGCUGGAAAAAAUAAACAGUGAUGUGUGCAACGUUCUACCCAAAGUUGGACAUUUUUCAACUGUUGUCACUGGAACAGACACUCAAGUUGAGAAAUGUUGAACGUUGGAUAAAAUGCUGCGCUUGUCGUCGUUGAUUUUUGUCAACUCACCAGAUGUAGAUUGUGGGUAUAAGCCAACAAUUGGUCGUUUAGCAACCUAACACACUGAACAGUUUAUGUUUUGUACAGGAUUUGGAUUGUGCAGAAAGGCGGGGUCGCUAGUUUUUUGGUGAAUUAUCUGUUUUAAGGUAAGUGCUGUUUUCCCUUGUCGUUCUUUGUAGGAGCACCGUUGCUGCAUCCUGGGCUUUACUCUGCCCAUUAUGGUUGUGAUUAGUUUAAACAAAUACAAACAAGCCGCGGAGUUUUUCCCUUAUAGCAGAAUGAUAAUGAAGUGCAGAUACUACUUUACCCAGCCAUCACUUUCUAGUUGUACAAAAGCUGAAAAUCAACUAAACAAAAGUGUAGGAGAAGCUAUUACUGCUGCUCUCUUAGUAUCCAUGUUUGUACCAGAUGACAUCUCUGGAGUGCUGAAAUUUUAACAUGAAAGCUAGUGUUUAGAGGAACAUUUUAUUCACCAUGGAUCUACCAAGCAAACAGCAGUCAGCAUUUAAUCAGUAUGUGCAGUUACUGCUGCAGAUAUCCUGCAUCAGGAGAUCCAAAGCAUCUCCGGUGAAAAAGUGGUUUAAAUAUUUGGUGUCUCUGCAGAAAAAUCUUACAUCAUCAGCUAUAAAAAGCCCUUUGGUUGGACACACAACGUUUAGCUCAGCAGUUUGCAAGGCAGCAAACCUUUCUGGCCUUUCCGACCCACCAUGAAGUUGCAUAGAGAGCAUUGACAGAUGAUGUCACUCUACAGACUGCGAUGGUCGAAGUUUAAGGUGCAACAUUAUGACAACAUAGUUUGUCCCAAUUAUAUGGAAACUGCAUGAAACAGCAUGUACGUUGUGAAGGUAGCUGCAGUAUAUACUGACAGUAAAAUGUAGAAGUGUGUGAUUUAGAAUGCAGCCAUUGUUUGGGAAAUUACCGUAGGUCAAAAAAGACACCUGCAGUUACAGUUCUUCACCAUAGAUGGCGACAAAGAGCUUUCCACUUUAUAGAGCUAAUAUUUGCACAUUAAGAGCUUUAUGAUUUUGAUUUUGGGGUCCGCUAGAAUAUAUGUACAUGUUUUAAUGCCUGAAAGACAUUAUUUUUCUCAUACUGCACAUUGCCGCACCUUCUCGGUCUCCAUUUUUAGCUCUUUAGCUCCAUUUAGGCCCUGAAAAGCCCAGUCUGCUUUGAUUGGUUACUAAAAGCGAGGCAGAGCUGUUUAUGUACCAUUAUCACAGAUUUAUAAGUGAAGGCAAGGAGGCGUAGCUCGAACAGAAGCGGCUCUAGUGAGGAAAUAAUGGGAGGAAACUGCUAAUUCUCUGUUUAAGCCACAUUAGCUGCUAGCAGGAGUUAUGCAAAAGUGUUUUAAGGCGAUGUAGAUAAAAGAAAUAUGAAGUUAGAUGUUGUAGAUGAUGUUAGAAGCAGACCUUUCUGUGAGAGAGAAUAACUCUGUUUGAAUUUAUAAGUUUGCAGACCUUUAACAUGUACAAAAAAGUACCUAUUUCACACUGAAGGAAAGAACGAACCCAAGAAAAGAAUAAUACGGGAUCCUGAAGUUAGAGUACACUAUAUUAUUUGUGCACUUUUAUUUAUUAGAAUGAAAUUGAUGCAGCUAUUUUACAAGAAGUAUUUUAGGGAGGCUGUAAAAACAUGUUAAAACCUCCUUCAACAUCCCAGUAAUUUUCCUACAGUCCCUAAACGCUUUGCACUGCAGACUCAUACAGCACCUAGAAAAAUAUCAGCACUGACAGACAUCCAGAGUUCUUUAAAGGGUCUUUUGUCAUUGCAUUAAAUUCUCUACAUGGAGAAAAUAAAAUAAAUAUUUAAAUCUUAUAAUGUAGGCUACACUGUACUUUGCUCACUGUGAUCUAAUAUCAGCAGUGAGGCUUUUAACUCUCACCGUUUCUCAGAGAACUUCCAUUCCCCGUCUAGACCAGAGGAGGGCAGCAUUUGUAAAUUGUUUAACACUGCAGUGUUCCUGCAACGCUCCACUCGGGUUGUGUAACAGAUUCUACCUGUUACACCUCAGUCUGAGAGUUUUUAUGCGGAGUUUUGAGUUGGCACCAAAGAAUUGAAGAGCGGACCGCUGAGUGUUUGCAUUUGGGUCCCUCAGAAUAUUUAAAUAUAUUAACUAUGCAGUUCUGUGCUUGUUUUUUGCUUUGCUUCAGAAAGCACACUCUUCAUUUUGAGAGCUCUGUAACUUCAGAAUGAAGCAUUACGCCUUUAUCUAAAAAUUUAUCAUUUCAAAUAAAAAAUAUGAAUUACGUGCA